CUGUGAUGCAGCGCGCGCUCCUGCUCAGUCGAAGCUCCACUGAGCGCUAAGUGUGUGACAGUCCUUAUACGCGCUUCUUUUCACUUUAAACAUAGGGCAUGGCUUCGUGGCGAGAAUAAUCAACAGUUUCGGGGUUUCCCCGCCCCACCUUCUUUCUGCUUAAUUCGCACGAGUUACUUGUGAGAUUGUGUCCAUACAGAAUGAAGAGGAACGACUGCCCUUUCAGCAGGGGUACCACUGAUACCUUUAUCUCUUGAGCAGAUGGAGUGGGAAAUAAGUGGCUAAUUGACUCCUUUUGGUUGUAGAGGUAAAGGAAGAAGAGGUGAACGGCGGGAAGGUGCAACCAUGGAGGGCCUUGUCUGAGGUGGAUUCAUCAUAGUACUCAUAAUUGACGUCCGAAUUAGCAUAACAUUUGUGUAGCAGCAGUCAUGGCUGAUAGGGCAAACUUUGGGGCUCAGAGGGUCUCACGGCCACAAGGCUCACUCCCGCCAGAACCCAUCGACAUUAUCCGGACGAAAGCCAGAUCCAGAAGAGUCCGGAUCAAUGUGGGUGGGCUUGUCCACGAGGUGCUAUGGAGAACCCUGGACCGACUGCCGCGAACACGUCUUGGGAAACUCAGAGAUUGCAACACCCAUGAAACCUUAAUGGAGAUCUGCGAUGACUACAGUCUAAAUGACAACGAGUAUUUCUUUGACAGGCACCCCGGUGCCUUUUCCUCCAUUUUAAACUUUUACCGGACUGGCAAGCUACACAUGAUGGAAGAGAUGUGCGCUCUGUCUUUUGGCCAGGAGCUUGACUACUGGGGCAUCGAUGAGAUCUAUCUGGAGUCGUGCUGCCAGGCGCGGUACCAUCAGAAGAAGGAGCAGAUGAAUGAAGAGCUAAGAAGAGAGGCUGAAACUCUCAGGGAGAAGGAUGGAGAUCAGGUGGAAACCGGCUGCUGCCCAGACAAAAGGCAGAAGCUCUGGGAUUUGCUGGAGAAACCGAGCUCUUCUGUGGCGGCCAAGGUUCUGGCCAUAAUAUCAAUUCUGUUCAUCAUACUCUCAACCAUUGCACUGUCACUGAACACCCUGCCUGAAUUACAAGUGAUUGAUGAAUUCGGAGGGUCCAACGACAAUCCAAACCUGGCCCACGUUGAAGCCAUUUGCAUCGCCUGGUUCACUAUGGAGUACAUUCUCCGCUUUUUAUCUUCUCCAAACAAGUGGAAGUUCUUCAAAGGGCCUCUGAAUGUCAUUGAUCUGUUGGCUAUCCUCCCUUAUUAUGUCACAAUAUUUCUCACAGAAUCCAACAAGAGUGUCCUCCAGUUCCAGAAUGUGCGCAGGGUAGUUCAGAUCUUCCGGAUCAUGAGAAUCCUGAGAAUUCUGAAACUCGCGAGACACUCGACUGGUCUUCAGUCUCUUGGGUUCACUCUGAGAAGAAGUUAUAAUGAACUCGGGCUGUUGAUAUUGUUUUUAGCCAUGGGCAUCAUGAUCUUCUCCAGUCUGGUGUUCUUUGCUGAAAAAGACGAAGAUGCUACGAAAUUCACCAGUAUUCCCGCUUCAUUCUGGUGGGCAACAAUUACCAUGACAACUGUGGGUUACGGGGAUAUCUAUCCCCAAACCCUCCUGGGCAAAAUAGUGGGUGGCCUCUGUUGUAUUGCUGGUGUGUUAGUAAUUGCUCUGCCCAUUCCUAUUAUUGUGAACAACUUCUCUGAGUUCUACAAAGAACAGAAGCGACAAGAGAAGGCAAUCAAACGAAGAGAAGCACUUGAGAGGGCCAAGAGAAACGGGAGCAUCGUGUCGAUGAACCUGAAAGAUGCCUUCACUCGCAACAUGGAACUACUGGACGUUGUGAUCGAAAAGAAUGAGGAGAAGGGCUCAGACAAUCAUCUUUCACCCAGUCGCUGGAACUAUCAGAAGAGCCCAGACUUCGGUUCCAAAGACGCAAAAUAUCAAGAAGUAAGACAGUUGGCUUCUCCAGAUCGGUUAUUCAAACCUAAUUCAAGCCCUCAGAGGCUAAACGCAAAAUCCCUUGAACAAAUGUACAACCAGAUGACGGCCGCCUCAUCCAUGAGCAGCAGUGGACCUUCGGCUUCCAAAGCGACCACUGUUGGUAAAGAAGAACAGAUGGAGAUGAAGGUAGUGCAGUGUGAACCACGGGUCAAAGAAAGACCCAUCACUGAGAUCCGAAGCGUAUCCAGCGUCGACAGUUUCGCCAGCUGUGCCACAGACAUCAGUGAGGUCGAAAAAAGCGCACUACUGCCCAGACAUCCUCGCGCUCCUCCGCCACUCGACCUCAGCCAGAUCACCUCCCUGGAGAAACGAGCAUCUGACAGAGAAAAGCAGGCCACAAUCAUUAAAGAAGGCCUCUACGAGUUUGUCCCGUGCAAGUCAGACAGCUGCACCGUGUCACAGGGUGAGGAGAACCAAAGCUUCGAUCCGAGCGGUGAAAACGUGAGGAGCCCUCCACAAGGAAACCAAGUCAAAGUCAAGGGACUCAAAGUGAACUUCACCGAAUCUGCAGACGAAGGGGCUUCCAACUUGCACUUAGUCGUGACGGAUGACGCGGCCACACUGACACCAAAGCUACCGCUAUCUGACCCAUUACUGCUGGCGGGUUCUCGGCAGAGUCCCAGGUCCCCGGGGAAAGGCUUCGAAGGGGAUGGAGCCACAAGCCUGUCGUCUUCUGAAAGCCAAAGAGGGAGAAACCACGUCGAUAGAGCCGCUGUUACUCCCACGUCCCCUAAAAGUGCACAAAACUGUGCUUCUGCAACGGUUGGCGCCGUUGGAGUGGAAGACGGCAUUCAAAGUGGACAGAAGGUGGACAACCACCUCCUUUCCCCUGAUAUUCUGAAGUCUUCAGGGGAUGGAGGUCGCUCACCACCAUGUGAAACUAGCAUGUGAUGUGAUGAGAUGCAUUAACAUGCUAUCUGUGCAACAUGUUCACACAGAAUGAAUGCACCUAAGCAUGUGGACAGAAAGAAUAACUGAUGUAGUGAAGGGGACUUUCUAUUGUCUUUCUUCGACACUAUUGAACUGCAUAGCCGCAGAGAUUGACUUAAAGAUCCUGAGAGACAAGGUCUGCUCUCACCUUCAGGAGCUUAGUGAUAUUCAUUCAGAGGGAGGACAUUACAGAACAAAACAUACUCUUAUUAUUCUAGCAUUAUUAUUUUGAAACCGUUUGACCAUCCGUGUGAAGGUUUAGUUAGUUGAAUCAUAUUUAUUUUGGAUCAGAGACUGAUUCAGGCAACUGUGAUAAGAUACCACAAAUUCUUCAUUGUAGAUUAACAGCCCUGAGCAGAUGUAAGCAUACACAUAUUUUUUUAAAGACUAACCACUGUAACAUUUGUGCUGGGUUUGUUUAAUAGUUCUGACCAAAGUGCUACCAGUGUAAAUUGGCAGUCAGCAUUUGACUUGAUAUAAUAUUUUUGACCAAAAUAUGCCUUCAUUUGAUGUUUUCUUGCUGAGUGAUAUUAUUCCUCAGAGGUCAUAUGUGAAGCAACACAGUUUUCAGUUUUCACUGCAAAUGUGGUUCAAAUCAACCUCCCCAACUGUCCCUUCGAGCAAGUAAUUCAAGAGGAAAACCUACUCUUAACAAAAA